CCUCCAGCCUCUCCUCCAGCCCCUCCGACCACCUCUCCUCCAGCCUCUCCUCCAGUCCCUCCGACCACCUUUGCUACAGUCCUUCCAACCACCAUGUCUGACACGAUUUCAACAGUUUUAAACAAGGUGUGGGGAGGAACACAUAAAGACACAUAUGUCCUACUGUCGAAGAUUGGACCCUACAAAUUAUUUAGCUCGGACUUUGCCAGAAUUUGUCCGGGACAGGAGCUGGAGAGUGAGGUUAUUAAUGCCUACCUACAUCUGAUGGUUAAUAACUACAAUAGGAAUCAUCAGGAAAAAGCCAGAGUAAUUGACAGCUUUGAAAUGUCACGGAUUUGGCUCAAAAAAAGUUCCAGGUUAAAGAUUGAUCCAGAAAAGUUCAAGAUAAUAGUGGGUAUUGUUAAUGAAAGUCACCAUUGGAUGCUAGUGGUAAUUUAUCCACUUGAAAAAAGGACAGUUUUCCUUAACUCACUUGGAGAGUCCCAAAAGGAUGUGAAGAGGUGCUUGGAAGCAACAAGGGCAUUUAUGAGAAGCAAAGGGAUGAAAGUCUCCAGGUGGAAAUGUGAAACUGUCACCCAUGCCAUCCAACAAGACAUGGUUUCUUGUGGUGUGUUUGCACUUAAAUUUGCAGAGUGCAUACUGGAAAACAAGGACCUGAACUUUCCAUCGACAGCAGAAGCUGUUAAAACCAUGCGACUCGACAUGUCUUCCACACUUCUUUCUGAAUCAGAGUCAGUGGAGAACCUCUGCAGACACUGUGGCAGUGAGGACACAGAUCAUUUGUGGAUCGCAUGUGACAGAUGCAACUGGUGGUACCACCAAGACUGCAUUAACUUCAAACAAACCAACACAGACUACUGCUGUGAAAUGUGUUUGUAGAUUUAAUGUUUGCAGCAAUAUUCAUCAUAAAUGACUGCAGUUCAGUAGAUUAGUAGUUUAAACUUGACAAUUUUUUUUCACGUAACUGGUUUUCCAAAAAUUGCUGUUAUGAAUAUUCUAUUGUUGAAUAUAAUAAAAUAUUGAUUUAAUUUGUAUCUUAAACAAAAAUAAAAAUUGUU